AUGUUCAGACCUACACAGUGCAUGCAGGCUCGCCUGCGAUUGACCACAAAGCAAGUUGGUCCUGGCUAUUACAAAGGUAACCGAACGGGAUCAAUGGGACGUUUUGGUCGCAAGAAGGGAACCUACAUUAUAGAGUGGGAGAAGGUCCGCACAUAUGUUGUACCUGAGGGCCUUGCAGAUUUCAAGCUUUCACCCUUUGUAACGAAACGAAUGGAGCCGACGAGGACAUUAUACACAAAAACAAUUGACCAUGGCCACAAAGAGGCGACUUAUCCACGAGCAUACACUGGCAAGGAUUUCUUGAAGGAGUGGAGCGAAGAGAACGAGCUAGAGGUCGACGAGUUGAGAUUGCGCCAGGAGGAAAUAGAUGCAGAACAGCAAUCCGUCGAGACAGAAACGACCAAGGACGAGAAACAAUGA